AUGUCUAGAUCAAAACAUGCAGUUGAGCUCUGCUCUCUGCUCGUCGAUGAUAUUUACGGCGAACUGUCCUCUCGCAUUUUCACUAUUUUACUUCGCAGGGGGAGAUUAUCUAUGAUUGCGCUCAAACGACACACCCAACUCACAACGCGACAAUUGAAGCUCGGAUUAACGGUCCUCGUUCGACAAAAUCUGGUUUACCAUAACUCAGACGAAGGGGCUGACACCAAUUACGAAGCAAACAUCGAUGCCGCGUAUGCUCUAGUUAGGUCUGGCAAAAUCUUGGAAAUUGCAGAAGAACGCUUUGGAUCUGUUGCGGCCGAGAUCAUGGGACAGUUGGUGCUUUUGGGUCAUGCCAAGGUAUCCGACAUAAUUGCGGAAUUGAAUAAGAGCCACGAUACACGCGCCAAUGGCAACGGAAUCAAUGGCGCCACAAAUGGCAAUGGCGUUCAUUCGUAUCACUCGGGUCAAUUGAACUAUAUUUUGAUUCAGUUGCUAGAACAAGGAUUUAUUCAACCUGUCGGCCGGAAUAUGUUUCGAAGCCCGACGGAUAGCUACAAUGCGGUUGAGAAGGCCCUUCUUCAUGAGGAUUAUGGAGGAGCCACGAGAGGAACGAAGCAAAAGGAAGAGUUAAGAUCCAGAAUUCGGCAACGAUUACAAGACUUGAGAGCUGAGGUUCCAAAUUGGAAGCCAGUUGGUUACAACAGGCCUUCUGCCAAUGGCCACCUGAACGGCACUGCUUCAAAACGAAGAAGGCUCUCCCACAAUGGCACUGCUUCUAACGGAUAUGAUUUUGGCGAUGACGAAACUAACAGGCUUGAUGGAAAUUUAGUUUUGCGCAUCAACCAUGAAAAAUGCACUGUCUUCUUGAGAAAUCGACGACUUGUUGAGCUUGCAAACAACCGGAUCGGCGUAACUACAUCGUAUAUUUAUGCGGAACUCCUUCGACUCAUGGCAGAACAAAUUCCUAGAUGUCGACGCGAUCCGAAGAUUGAUGAUGCUGUGGAUGACCCUGAUGGACCUUCAAUUAUAAUAACAACGCAGGAAUUAACCGAUGCUUUAAGUAAAACAAUCAACGUAUCUACAGGGAUUGGCAAAGCUACCAGCGAAAAUACUGAUACUUCCAAGCUUGACAAGCUUCAGAAUGGCCGAAAGAGAAAAGCCCGAGAGGUAGAAGAUGAUGCGAGUUCAGAUGAGGAGUCAGAGGAUGACCAUAAGUCUUUCGUUAAUGGAAACGGACAUGCGAUGGACAUUGACGAUGACCCUUUUGCAGAUCAACCCAGGGUCAACACAAACAAACGAGCCGUCACUUUCCAAGACCAAGAGAGGGCCCCUCCACCAACGGAGAGCCGGCAAGCCCGAAUGAUGCAUGUGAUGAGUCAUCUUCAGUUAUUAGCUGCCGAUGAUUGCCAUCUAUUGCGAAAGUGCGGCAGCCGGCAAAUGGGCGAGUGGACAGUCGAUUUUGAGCGUGUGGUUGAGCGGCUUCGAGAAUUAGAAAUAGACUCGAUUAUAUAUGAGAAUUUUGGCCAGAUUGGUCAUCGGCUUAUACGAGUUAUGAGGAAGAUGGGAAAGCUUGAAGAAAAGCAUAUUGCCAAGGUAGCAUUGGUUAAACAGCAGGACUCCCGGACCAAACUUGUGGAAAUGCAAAUGCAUGGCAUGGUUGAUGUUCAGGAAGUUCCCAGGGAUGCCGGCCGCAUGAUUGCGUUUUUCAGGAUUAUUAACCAUGAUAGCGGGUUUGGUUUGGUACUUGAGCGUUCUUAA